CCGCUCAGCAACCCGCGGCACCUGCCCAAACUCAGUGAUCUUUCCCCGCUCUGCGUAGCGGGUGACGGCACACUCACUCUCGAUGUCUCAGCAGCAACCAGGGACACUUGUCCCCGGCCAGACCAUCUCAGUGAACAAGUACACUGUCCAAGUCGAUCGGUACUUGUCCCAAGGUGGUUUUGCGCAUGUAUAUCUCGUCCGGACUGCGACACCGGUAUACGGCACGACACAUCAUGUCCUCAAGCGCAUCGCCGUUGCUAAUGACACUAUGCUGAACGAAGUGAGGAAGGAAGUGGACAUCAUGCGCCUGCUGAAAGGCCAUCCAAACAUCGUCCACCUCAUCGAUGCUGCCUGGCACCGCAUGCCCGAUGGGAUGUACGAGGUCUUCAUCUUGAUGGAGUUUUGCCCCGGCGGAGGAAUCAUCGACAUGAUGAACCGCAGGUUACGAGAGCGCCUGACGGAGUCGGAAAUCCUGCAAAUCUUCGUGGAUGUCUGCGAGGGCGUCGCCUUCAUGCACAACUCCCGUCCCCCAUUACUCCACAGGGACCUGAAGGUGGAGAACAUUCUGCAGUCGAGUGCGACGUCUUUCAAGUUGUGCGAUUUUGGCAGUGCGACCACUGUUGCACCACGACCACCUGCUUCGACACAGGAGAUCCGGGCGCUGGAGGCUGAUUUGAAUCGGCACACUACAAUGCAGUAUCGCGCACCGGAGAUGGUCGAUCCUUAUCUGCGGAGACCGGUGGAUGAGAAGAGUGACGUAUGGGCAUUGGGUGUGUUGCUGUACAAGCUCUGCUACUACACGACGCCGUUCGAGGAACAUGGUCCUUUGGCAAUUCUCAACGUGCAAUACCGAAUACCGCCGUAUCCCGUGUACUCGACGCAGAUGAACUCGCUGAUUGGCUCCAUGCUUCGAGAACAUGGAAACCAACGCCCAUCUGUAUUUGAGCUCUUGAACACUGUCCAUCGAUUGCGUGGAACGAAGUCGCCAUUCACCUACACGAUACCUCCCCCGCAACCUCUCACACCGCGAGCGCAAACACAGUUCGCUCCCAUGGGGAAUGUCGUCGAUGCCACCGUCACCUUCCGAUCACAGCAGCAGCAGCAACAACAGCAACAGCAACAGCACUUGCAGAGCUUACCGCAGCCUGUGGCGUCGAUGUCUAGAGGCUCGGGCG